AUGCCACCUCACCUCAAGAUCACGGCAGGUCCCUCCCAGCACCAGCUAGCGACUCUCGCAGUCAACCAUGAUGUGUCCAAGCCGACGAGGAUCGAGUCUGACGAGUUCGAUGGCUACAUCACAGUGCGGAUAGCCUCUUUUGAAGGAGACUCGGGCAAUGUCGAGCGCUUGUCAAGCCCGGAGAGUGGCUACUUUGAGAAACACAAGGGACUGACCUGGUCCAUCCAUAUACAAGGCCGUUUCCUCAAGCCCGUCAAGUCACACGAGCUCGUCUUUGGCAAUACUUUCGAUCGGCCUCUACGCGAUUCACUACCGUACGGCACAAGUGUCGCACUGCGAUUCGUCAACCUCAUAGAUCCUUCGCUCAAGCAUGACCUCUACGGUGACAAGCCGUGGGCAUUCUCCCCCCUCCUUGCGACGAUGAACUUUGUCAACACGCGCCGACUCGAAUCCGACGAGUCAACGCCGGAGUGGCAACCUGACCAGCCGAAAGAGGACGCUACCUCGCUAUUGCCGUCAGAAGAUGCCGAGAAGGAGCACCUGCUGGGACAGGUCAACGCAAGGCGAAAGUACUUUGGCAAUGCUCAGCACAGUAUCGAACUUACGUCGACUGAUCUCGUCUCUUGCGAUUUCUGCAACGGAUUCAUCGACUUCAACACGCUAUCUGUGCACCUGCCUGGUUUCUCGAUCAGUCUGGCCAAGUACUGGGACGGUCAGCCCGUUCGCUAUGUCUGUCAGACCGAGGACGGCAAGCGAACGUUCUUCGUUGUCGUCUUUGACAUCAUCGAUGAGUCCAUAUUGGCCGAGAAGGGACUCGCCGCAGCUGACAGGCAACCUAGCAAGACUUCCGCUGAGACCGAAGCUACGGCAUCAGAGAGCAAGCCAGAGCCAUCACCUCACGCGACAGUUGGCGAGCAGGCUACGACCAGCAAAGCAGACCUACCACCCAGCGACGGUCUCGAUCUGGGCAUAGACUAG